GUUUGAUUAGAUGUGCGGAAAGGAGUUCUUGGUUGUGCAUUUCUAAUACAGUUUCGUGUGUGUUUCCGGUCUCGAUAGUAUGUUGUCUGUAUUGCAUUGUUGAUGUUGUGGUACAUUGUUUUGUCGACAACACUAUGGCUCGCUUGACUCGAUGGAACCAUCCAAAGACGUCUUGGACAAGGAACGAACCGUUUCUGAUUCAGCGAUACUAUCUGAGAUCGACAGAACUAUGAAGAGACACACAGAUAACAUGCUGAUCAUUUUAGAAGGUGUAAGUUCCAGACUGAUCCAGUUGGAGAGCAGAACUCGUAACCUCGAGAGUUCUGUGGAUGAUUUGAAGGUUUCUGUUGGGAACAAUCAUGGAAGCACUGAUGGGAAGAUGAGACAGCUGGAGAAUAUCCUCCGAGAGGUACAAACUGGGGUGCAGGCUGUUAAGGAUAAGCAAGAACUACUUGAGUCACAGCUUCACCUUCAAAACCUUCACGUCUCUAAUGUCAACCAGCAUCAACAAGAGCCACAAAACACCGGCCAGGCUGCGAAUGUUGUGCAGCAACAAGCACUAUCUGCCUCUGCUCCACCGCAAUCCCAUCAUCAACAUGCGUCUCCUCAAUUAACAAGCUUCCCACAAUCACUCCCUUCUGUGCCCGGUCUACCUCCUCCAACCGUCCCUCUCCCUCAGCCGCAAAGUCUGCCCCCUGUCACUCCACUUCCAUACUAUGUGCCUGCUGGCCACACUCACGAACCACCACCAAACCCACAGUACCAGGGGGGCCCACCACAGCAAGCAUCUCCUGUUGCCGCUCCUCCCCCUCCUCAUCAACUGUAUCAGUCUGCUCCACCACAAUACCCGCAGCAACAACCCCAGAUACCACAGCAACCUCAACAGCCAGCUGGCCACCACUUUGACGAGGCCUCUUAUCUCGCCUCUCAAAGCUAUCCACCCACGACAACCGCCAUCUCAGCUAUCUGGUGGUGGUCGCUUCCCGCCCCAGCAGUACUACGGCACUCCUCCUCCCUCUACUGGGUACAAUCCUCCUCUAUCCGGAUCCAUGGAGAUGUACCCUUACAGUGGAGGCGGCAGCACAAUGGUGAAACCACUGCAACUUCAAUCUGUCUCUAUGCCUCCUUGAUAAUUGUCGAAAAUAUAUUGAUUUUGCGUGCUUAAUGUGAUUAUUUCAUGAUAUGUUUGAGACCUAUAAUACUUGUUUGAGGUCCAACUAAGCCUGGAAUGGUUAUAAAACCAUUACCAUCAAGUGCCAAAUGUUUUAUAUAUUUCAGGUAAAUGAAACGAGAAAUUUGCAUUGGUGGAUAGAAUAAUUCAAGUGGACUGGAUGUACAUUGGACCGGAACUUACUGAGAAGUUGAACCGGGACUGGACUUUUGUGGGCUGGAACUCUCUUUGGACCUGGGCGGAUGAAAGCACUUUUUGGGCCAUGGGAAUUAUUUGGCCCAAAGAAAAGGACAAAGGAAGUCUUGGACGGAAGUCUUUUGGGAAUUUGGCGAGACAGAAUUGGCGGCGCAAGUGGAGUCGAGCGAAGAAGAGAAAGGUCGCGGACGAAAAUUCUUUGGAAAGAAAGCGAUGGCAGCAGCGCGAAGCAUCAGUCGAGCAGCAAUUGGCGAUCGGUUUCUCCAAGGUUUGAGCUGAGUUCAACGAGAGCGAUUAGUUGGUUGGAUUCUCUGAACCGAACUAGUUGUGUAUUGUUGAUUUAGAACAUGAUGAUCAAAACCCUAAUGUUUUAUCUUAAUUUCGUCAUGAACUAAACCCCAAUUUCUGGGGGAAACACCAUAGGAUGUAGCUAUUUCUUGAUUUGAUGGAUUGAUUCAUGAUUCUUUUCUUCCAAUCUCUAUUGCAUGAAAUUUCUUAAUGCUUUGUGUUGACUGGCCACCAAUACAUUGAUUUGUUGUUAAUUAGGUUAUUAGCGACAGUGAAACCCUAAUAACUGAACAUAUUUCAUGUGACAUAGUAGCUUAUCGAAGCGACAGUGGAUUAAAUAAGGUGCUAUGCGGUCUUGAAUAGGAUAUCGGGCAUAAGGCUAUAUAAUUAAUUCAUUGAGCUACAACAGUAGGAUUUGAAUUGAUUAUUUAGUACGUAGUAAUUCCCGACAGGGAUAGCUAGCACAGUAGUGAUAUCCUGGCUGUAGAGAUAUGGAUUAAACUGAUUGGAAUAUG